GCAUUCCAUACUGUGUCGGCCUAGAUUCAAAAUGGCAGAUGGUUUAGGUUUUGCAGAGCGCGUCGCUGUGGCAGCAAUAUCAGCUUACAACAAUCUAAAAAAGACAGGAAAACCCCAGGUUGGCCGUGAAUGGACUUUGUUAGCUGCUAUUUUGAAGACGGACAAUUCUGUUGUUGCUAAUGUUGGAGGGAAAGAGCAGGAAAGUUUACAAGUAAUUUGCCUAGCAACUGGAUCAAAGUGCAUUGGAAUGAGUAAAAGAAAAGAUAAUGGAAGUAUAAUCAAUGAUAGUCAUGCAGAAAUCCUUGCAAGGCGUCUUCUGUUGAAGUACUUUUAUGACCAAAUUCGAUGUGCUGAAUGUCAUUUUGACAGCAUUUUCAUUAAAUCUACCAAAGAAGGUCGUUUUGUCUUGAAGCCUGAAGUCAAGUUUCAUCUCUUUACAUCUCACACCCCAUGUGGAGAUUGCUCGAUCAUUCCCAAAACAGAAGACAACACCAUCGAAAACACCACUAGAGAUCCCAUACAAGUAACUCGCAAGAGAAAGGAAGCAAAGGGAAGUGAAUGUGAAGCCACUGUGGUAGAUGUCAAAAGAAGGAAAGAAUACAAAUGUAACACAGAUAAAAUCAGUACUCCCUAUCAUUCGUUUUUGCAGGCCGAUUCGGCUAACAAGGAGUGUAAAGUUGAUGAGACAUCAAGACAGACUUCUAAGAAGGUGGACCUGGAUGAAUCUUCAAAUAGUUCCCAGCAACAGUCUUUGCACGAAUAUGAGAACUCUGAUGCACAUUCUACCUGUCAAGAAGAAAACUUUUUGGAUGGUCAGAAAGAAUAUCUACGUAGUUGCAAUGAUAUUCAUCGAACAGGAGCGAAAUGCGUGCCUAAAGGCAUGCAAGAUCCACUUCUAAACGGUACAGAUUAUCACGUAAUUGGAGCUUUAAGAACGAAGCCUGGUAGAGGUGAGAAAACGCUAUCUAUGUCGUGCUCUGAUAAGAUUAUGAAAUGGUGUACUCUUGGCAUACAAGGAGGUCUGCUUUCAAAUUUACUCGAGUCGCCCAUUUACCUUGAUUCGAUCGUGAUUGGAAAGUGUCCAUUCAGUAUGGAUACCAUGCUGCGAGGAAUUUCAUUAAGAGGAAGAGAUUUGAAACUCGAUCGUACAAGUGCCUUUAAUUACACAUGUGCAAAGGUUUAUCAUUGCAAAAAUAACGCGUUUCCAGAUAGCAAGUGUUGUGUCGAAGAAAGAUGGAAACAAGAGCUAGGUUUUGGGAAGAUUGCUGCAUCAGGAGCAUCAAUUCUGUACUGUUGUGAGCCAGCGAUUCAUGAAGUUAUUGUAAAUGGAAAGAAGCAAGGAACCACCAAAAAGCAUGACAUAAGCAAGGAUUCUUGGUCCACUAUUUGCAAAUCAUCUCUUUGGAAUGACUUCCAGUCAUUGCUCUCCUUGCUUGGUAAAACGAGAAAGGAUGCCAGUGAUUUGGCAUUAAAAAAUUAUCACAAUGCAAAACUAUCUGACCAAGAUUAUCAGCUGACAAGAAGCAGAUUUUUUGAAGUAUUCCCUGACUGGAUGUCAAAACCGUUACAAGAUGAGAUGUUUCAGUAAGCUAACUACUGAACAAAGCUACAAACAUUCAAAGACAUAUUUAUAUCAUAAUCUGAGUUGACUAAGAACUUCAGAGCCUUAUCUUUGGGUAAUUCCUAUUCUUUAUAACAACAUAUAUUUUUGGAAUAUUUGCUACAUUUCAAAGAAAGCUGGAGACAGAAAAUGUCAAGCAGUUUAUUUCUCUCUUUUGGUAACUUGAUUAAUUUGAUUGGUUGCUAUGCCUAUUGCCAAGCUGCAAUAUCAAAAGUUGCAACCUAAAAUCAUCCUGUUCUAAUGACAGACCAACAAACAGUAAUUUUUAUUGGAAAUUAUGCCUGUUUUUGUCUGUUUGAGUUAUUUGAAGAAAUACAAGCAUAUUUGCUUAUCAGCUGCAAAAACUAGACAGAAUAUAAAUAAUACAAUCUUGAUUUAAAUACCAUGAAGUUUCUAACACGAAGACAUAGUCUUUUCAUUUUGAAGGUAUUCAAUAAAUAUCAGAAUGCGAUUUUGAAGGUUUUUUAUCAAAUGCAUCUAGUAUUGCCCAACAUGUGUUUUUAAGUCUGAAAAAAUGUGACUGCCUCUCUUUACCAAGGCAUGUCCAAUCUGAGGUAUCAACCUGAAAGAGCAUUAUGAAAAUUAAUUUUAAAUGUGUAAAUUCUGUUAAACUCUGUUCCCUAUUCUGCUCAACUUUAUUUUCACGAGAGUGAAAUUCACACACUGUUGAGCUUCAUCAAUAAUUAAACGAUUUAAACCAAUCAGAGAGAACUUUGAUUCCAAAACUUUUGAAUCAAAUGGCGAUGUUCCUGUUGAAGUGAAGCUGUGGCUAGAAAAUUUCCAUCCCCUGUUUGGUUUGUGCGACAGAUAUGUUAACAGCGAAAGGAAAUGCUUCCAUUAUCAUCAUUAAAUUCUAGUAAUUAAAUCUUGCGAUUUUCAAUAGCUUUUUGCCCGCAGUUUCAAAUACCUUUCACUACCGCAGCUAGGCCAGUCUAAGCGAGCAGCGUAAUCUGUUAUGACAGGAAGAAUAUUAGCCAAUCAUAAAGCCAUACGUGCAAAGGGGCUUUCCCUGCAAAAUUCACUAUUCUUUUGUCUUGUUUCUGAAUUCUAUCAACCAAGCCAAUAAUAGUAACCCACAAGUUUCAUCAAAUUCCAUUAUUGUUUUAUCUAAAUAGGUUUAUCUUAAGUUAUCUUAGUGGUAUUCCGUCAUGCUCUUUUGGGUGAGGAGGUCAAAAGUAACAAAAUUCUGAGAAUUAAACCAUAAAACUCUUCAAAAAUCGUAAAUUCAUAGGCGAUAUUAGAAAGAUUGCAAACUAGGUAAACAAAAUCAUGAUAAGCAAGUUGUCAAAGGCCUAAUGUCCAGUGAGAGAGUGUAGCAAGUGGCAGCUUUUUGAUGAUAGAUGAUGAAGCAAGUUGAUGUUAUUUAUAACUACUUCUGAAGAUUAUUUGGAAAGUACCUUAUCAUAUGUUCUUAUGUUAGCCAAUUAUUAAGGGGAAAAUGUUUGCUGCAUCAAUGUUAAGAUUCGAUCUCAGAUUCACUGUUUUAUUUCCUAGCUUCUUGUUGUCAGGCACAUGCUUAAGUCAAUAUUUUGGUUACUCAAAAAGUUUUUCAUAAUGCUGAAAACCUUUACAAUCUUUGUAAACAAUCUAAGAAUGGAGGAACUUCUUUAUAAUGUCAUGAGAAAAACUGAUGUUUGAGAAUGAACCCUGCAUGUCUUUAUUAAUUUACCACUAAAAAGAUGAAUAUCAGACUUCUAGUAUAUAAAGUUAUAUACUGGCUACUGUACUUGCAAAUAACAAAUGCUUAUCAUAAAUAUUUUCAUGACAAUCUAAGGAAACGAAGACAUCAUAAACAUGACUCUUCAUAUUUUCCAUUACAAUGCAAUUAUAUUUUUUUAUGUCUCUGGUAUCUCUAACCACUAGAUAAUACAUACACAGCAAAAGCACAAUGCAGCCUUCACAAGGGGUGUUACAACAAAACCAUUUUGUUUAGC